CGGCUGCUGUAUUCACCAAAAACAGAGACACGGUGAGAGAGAGAAUAGAGAGAGAGAGAGAGAAAAAAAAAAAAUAACGACAGAGACAACAAAAACAACAACAAACUCUGUUGUGUUGAUUCGAUCCUAGCUACAAACAAUUACAUUCAAACUCUCAUCAAAUUCAAGUUUAUUGUUUUGUUUUUCGAUUCGCGAAGUUUCUGGUUCUUUUUUAUUUAUUGUAAUAAUUUUUUUUUUUUGGUUGAAUUUUGAUUUCUACAUGAUCGUGUAGAUUAUUGUUUUUUUAAAAAAUUAUUGGUGAAUUAUUGUUUGUGAAGAAUGGAUCGAAGUUGGAGUUGGAUUUUGAAUAAGGGUUCUCAAUGUGAAGGUUUAAGUUGGAGGGUUUGAUUUUUAAUUAAUUUUUGUUGGUGAAUUUUUUGUUUUGUUUGUUUGUUUGAAUGAUUUCUGCUGGAGAUAGAGAUGGAAUAAAGGGAUUAGGGUUAGGGUUAGGGUUAGGUAGUAGAAGGAAAGAGAUGUUGGAGUUUGAGCUUGAAGAAGGUGAAGCUAGUUCAUAUCAAAACCGUGAAGAUUAUGAUGCCACUGUUGAUCCAGAUGUUGCUCUUUCUUACAUUGACGACAAACUUCAAGAUGUCCUUGGACAUUUUCAAAAAGAUUUUGAAGGUGGCGUGUCUGCAGAGAAUCUGGGGGCAAAAUUUGGUGGUUAUGGUUCAUUUUUGCCUACCUAUCAGCGUUCUCCUGCUUGGACUCAACCAAGGACUCCACAAAAAAAUCAUAGUCAAAAUUCACCCAGAUCUCCUAAUAACAUGCACGCGGAGAGUGGACAAGGGGAUGCUGUACAAUGUUCGACUGGAAAUCAGUUAUCGAGACUUGGCCCAGGUUCUGCUACCUCCUCGAGGCUGGCUGCAAUUAAGGGAUUCUCUUUAGAUGAUGGAACCAAUCACGAAAAACGCACGGCAAUCACUAAUGUCGAGACAUUAAAUUCUAAAUAUGAGUCUCCAAACAGGAAAGCUGGUAGCAUAUCAGACCAGAAGACAUUGAAGGUUCGUAUCAAAAUGGGUACUGAUGAUUUGUUAACGCGGAAAAAUGCAGCAAUAUACAGUGGACUUGGUCUAGAUGUGUCACCGUCAUCAUCACUGGAUGACAGCCCCUCAGAAAGUGAAGGAAUUUCUCGUGGUCCUCUGGAUGCUCCCUUUGAAUCUCCGGCCAGUAUCCUUAAGAUUAUAUCAACCCUCCCUAAGCUUUUGAUGCCUCUUUCUGAUGAUCUCACUGAAUUAACUGAGAAGGAAGUGCAAACCAGAGAUUGCAUCCCUGGUCCUGUUCAUACGGAUGACCCAGAAAAUUCUGGUAUGUUACUAAAUGAAUCUAAUAUUGUAAAAGGUGGCAGAAAAUUGUUAGGAGGGAAAAAAGUUAAGUCCCUAGAGGGUUACGAGUCCUCGAUGGAAGUCAAGGCUUGUAGUAAGAAGAAUACUCGUAAUGAUGUUGGAGGGCCGUCAAAGAAAGAACAAGGUGAAGAUGCAUUGACUAUGGAGGAACUAGUUUCAAAAACCAUGAAACUUCCACUUUUGUCCAAUUCAUAUUCUCUCGGUGACGACUCGGUAAAGAAUGUACUUGUGCCAUGUAAUAAUUCAUUAAAGGAAGCCAAAAAGGGUGUGGUGAAGGAGAAAACCUUGUCGGACCAAGCACGAAAGGAACAGGUUGAUCAAGCAUCUGCCGAAGUGAAUGGUUUUUCUGAAAGGGCAAAAGGAGGUUCUGGAAGAAAAGCUGUGGGAGAUAAGGUUUUGCUCGAUGACACAAUAAUAGCUGAAUCUAAUGUUUCCAAAGUUAGAACAGCAUCAAGCACUGAAUGCGUAGAGCCUCCUAAGAAGGCUAAUCAGAGAGAUAGCCUGGGCGAACAAGACAGUGCGGCAUUGCCUUUUGUGACAGAACAUCCAUAUCCUGGAGGGAAGAAGAAGUCAAAGGGAAUUCGUGACACCGUGAUUAUAGAGAAGGAACAAGAAAAUAUGAAGGUUGGAUCCUCUUUGAUUCCCAAAACAAAAAGGGGUUCUGAUGAUAGUUAUACAUCAAAAAAUGAAAUUGAAGAUGUCAAACUACGGAAGGGUCCUGGAAAGGCUAGAGAAGCUUAUAGGGAAUUCUUUGGAGAAUUGGAAGAUGAGGACGGGAUUGAUACACCAGAAACAUCUUAUGAAGAUAAACUGAAAGAAUCUGAAGGGGUUGAGAGAAGCGCUCCGGAAACAAAUCUUGGAGAAAAGGAGACAUCGGGUGGUAAGAAAGUUGACAAGUCAAUGACAGAAGUAUACCCUAAAACAGCCACAAAUGUGAACGGAAAUGGGGCUCCUACAAUGUUGCCUCCUGUUGAGAUGGAAGAUAACUGGGUGCAGUGUGACAGAUGUCAUAAAUGGCGUCUUCUUCCUGCUGGCACAAAUCCUGAUAGCCUACCCGAGAAAUGGCUUUGUAGCAUGCUUAAUUGGCUGCCUGACAUGAAUCGAUGUAGUUUUAGUGAGGAUGAAACUACUAAAGCCCUUUUUACUCUAUACCAAGGGCAUCCUCUUGAUGCUCAAAGCAACCUGCAAAAUGGCUCAGGUAGUGUUAUGGUGGGAGGAAAUGGGGCAACUUUCCAGCAUCCUGGUCAACGCCAUCCAAGUAAUGAUCUGCACGGUGUGCCUGGUGGGAGGAAAAAAGUUGCAAAAGAAAUAUCAAAUUCUUCAAAUAAAGAUGUCACUUCUCAAUUUUCACAUUCUAUAAAGAAAAACAUACAGUCAUCAGUGAAAAGUAGGAGCUUAAAUGACGUGAACAACUCUCCUGUUGUGGGUGAGGCUGAUGCUUCAGGGGAGAAACACAAAAACAAGCCAAGGAUGCCGGAGUACAAUUCUGAUAGAGGUGAUACGAAGAAUAUGAAAAGCAGGAGGGAUCCUGAUCAAGAUUAUUCGAGGCCAUCCAAGAAAAGUAAGACUGACAAGGUUCAUUCUGCUGAUAAAGAGUGGAUUCCAGAACAGAAUGGAACCACUAGGAUGACCACUCCUCAGCUGGCAAGUAUUCGAGGUCAUAGCUCAAACAACACUUUGCCAACUGCUUCAGCUGGCAAAGAUCGGCCUAGACAGAAAGACCACUCCUCAUCAAGUGACUCCAAAUUCAGAAAGGACAGACCACCAGUUUCUUCUGAGAAGAGAAAAAAUAAGGGUCAGGAUUCCUUGAAUGAGGGGUCCCUGGAUUUGGAGAAUUGUUCCGUUGGUAGUGUAAAAAAGAGGAAAUCGAAGGAGUAUCAGGAUGCUCAAGCUAAUAGCACUGGUAAUCCUCGCCAACACGAGAGUAGAAUUUUCGAGCAGGAGUUCAGUGAUUCCAGGAAGGAAAAGAAAGCAAAAAGUUCAAGAUCUGAAGGCAAAGAGUCAAGUGCCAGCAAAGGCAGCGGCAGGACUGACAAAAAAGUCAGUCAUACAAAGAACCAGAAAUUCAGGCAAAAUCCUGGAAGCAAUCAUUCACAUCGGAGCAUGGAUGUCAUGGACAGUUCGAAGAGGGACUUGGGAUCUGUACAGGUUUCUGUUGCUGCCACUUCAAGCUCGUCUAAGGUUUCUGGCUCACAUAAAACCAAAGCCAGCUUCCAGGAAGUGAAAGGCUCCCCUGUGGAAUCAGUUUCUUCCUCACCUUUAAGAAUUUUAAGUACAGAUAAGUUUUCAAACAGAGAAGUUAUGGUGAAAGACGAGCCUCAUGAUACUGCUGCUGUGGAUAGUCCAAGAAGAUGCGUAGACGGGGAAGAUGACGGUGCAAGUGAUCGAUCAGAAACAGCUAGGAAGGACAAAUUUUUCACCAUGACCCACAGGUCUGAUUUUCCGGGCAAGGGUAGUAAUCAUAUGUCAGAUACUAAGCCUAAAGCCCAAACAACCAGCCAUUGUACUAAUGGUGGUGUGGACACUAUGGCCCACGAUGGGUCAUAUCCAAGAGAGCAGAUUAAGCAUCAUGGUGAAGACAAGACUGGUACUCAUUAUGCUAAUGUGUCUCAUGCAAGGAAAACUGGUACGGAGUCAGGUUUGGAGGAAAACAAGCAGGGCUGCAAGUCAGAGCCCUUUGCAGGAAAAGUCAAGAGUUCUAGUUCUCCUAGUCAACUGCCAGAUCAGUCUCCUCUGCGUGAGACAAAACGUGUGGAUGGAAAAGUUAAGUUGGAGGAGAAGUUUGGGCUCAAGCCUGACCAGAAUGAAACUGUACAUGCUAGCAAAAAAGACUUCCCGGUAAAAAAUGAAAGUAGGAAAAAAGAGAAUCAUGUAAAGAAGGAGCAUGACGUUCAGGAGGUUAGUAUUGAUGCCCUAAGCAAAAUGGAACCAUUACAUGCUCCCACAAAGAAUCAGUUGGCAGACUGUGAUACUGAAAGAUCUUCAAAGAGGUCCCUUUUGGAAAGACCUGAUCAAGAAGUGCUUGGUAAAGGGAAGUCUCAAGUUGAGACUUUGAAUCACUGCCCACGACCAGUCAUUGGUUCCCACAAAGGGAAUGGAGAUAUGGAAGUUGACCCGUCCAAAGCUGAUGAUGCGUCAAAGCUGCAAAAAAAGCAAUUCAAAAAGGCUGAUCAUCAAAAUGGAACUCCACAAGUUAGCUCCAGAAAUCCUGCACUUAAUGGACACAGAUCCAAGGAGCUUGAUGCCCCUAGUCCGGCUAGAAAGGAUUCUUACAGCCAUGCUGCUAACAAUGCUGUGAGAGAAGCUAAAGAUCUUAAGCACCUGGCCGAUCGUCUUAAGAAUUCUGGAUCCACUCUUGAGAGCACUAAUCUAUACUUCCAGGCAGCCCUUAAGUUUCUAAAUGGUGCCUCUCUAUUGGAAUCUGGCAACAAUGAUAAUGCUAAACAUAGUGAGAUGAUUCAAUCAAAGCAGAUGUACAGUAGCACAGCAAAAUUGUGCGAGUUUUGUGCCCAUGAAUACGAGAAAGCAAAAGACAUGGCUUCAGCUGCUCUGGCCUACAAAUGCACCGAGGUCGCAUAUAUGAGGGUAAUAUAUUCUUCACACACUAGUGCAAGCAGAGAUAGGCAUGAGUUGCAGACAGCCCUACAAAUGACUCCUCUUGGUGAAUCUCCAUCAUCAUCAGCCUCUGAUGUUGACAAUGUUAACAACUCUACAGCAGCUGACAAAGUUGUCCUAUCCAAGAGUGUCAAUUCACCCCAAGUUGCUGGAAACCAUGUUAUUGCUGCACGAAGUCGUCCAAAUUUUGUCAGGAUACUUAAUUAUGCCCAGGAUGUGAAUUUUGCCAUGGAAGCCUCAAGGAAAUCACGGAAUGCAUUUGCAUCUGCUAAUGCAAGCCUGGCCGUGGGCAAGAAUGCAGAUGGUAUUUCCUCUAUCAAGAAGGCCCUUGAUUUUAGCUUUCAAGAUGUGGACGGGUUACUACGUUUGGUACGGCUUGCUGUGGAAGCCAUUAAUCGUUAAAAGGUCCGAUUAAUCAUGAAACGAUUCUAGCCCAUUAAGAACACUUGUUCCUUUCGUAAUGUACAAGACCUUCAGCAACAAAAAGAUAUUCUUGAUUCAUUGAUGAAGGGCAGGGUUUGUUAUGUUGGAUCUUGAACCAGUUUUUCCAACUGAUGAAGCUAGUACUAUCUCAACAUAUAUGUUUCCAUAUGCUGUAAAAGGAAGUUUCAGUAUACAGUCGGACUUAGUUGUUUUAUGUUGUGUCUGAGAUGGUUGUCGAUGCAUUCAGAAGUCAACUUCUGUAAAAGCAAAUGCUGAGCAUCUUUUGUUCUCAUUCUGGAGGGGUUAUUUUUUGUCAAUCUGUAUAUGUGUAGAACUUGUAACUUCUGGUGAGAGGUGGUUGUAAUGUUGCCUAUACAAGUGGCAACUGCACUUGCUCCUCUUGGUCGGUCAAGGAGAGUAAGACUAAGGUUGUCUACUUGUCUUGUACAAUUUUGGGAUUAGUGGUAGAACUAUAUUCUUUUGUCAUUUCUUGUGAAUAGAGAACAACCAGAAAACAAUAAAAGAGGGAUGUACAGCAAGAUUUUUUUAAAGUGGAAGGUGAUUUGUUGCGAGUGGUAUUUCAAACCAUAAAGGAUGCAUUCAAUGUGUAAAUAAACUUUGUAAAAUCAAGUCAGAGACGGUGCAGCUGGUGGCUGCCUUAUGCAAAUGCAAAAUAGGUUGAGCCACCGAGGCAAAUUGAAAAUGGAGCUGCUGUUUAACUGGCAAACUUUGUAAACUGACUUUAAUGGAGUUUUUUUAUGGUCCAUUGUCAAAUAGUGUUUAAAAUAUAAGGACUAUAUCUUUAUCAGUAGCUGUUUGUAUUCAACAUUCAAAUUCAAUAUUAAAUUUUGACUCUUGCCAUAA